GGUUAUCGCCACUUUAACAGGUUGAUGGUCCUAGAAAAAGGGUAUGCCUAAGAAGUUCAAGGGUGAAAACACCAAGGCAGUAGAGGCACGAAACAGAAAGGCAGCGGUAGAUGCUGAGAAGAACGCUGUAGCUCGGCAAGCUGCUGAAGAGGACGCAUGGCGUGACGAUGAUAAACUUACCAACAAGAAGGCUCAGCGAAAGAACGCCGAAGAAGAAAAGAGAAAAGCUGCGGUAGAAAGGAAGAAACUUGCCGCCCAAUUGUUGGUUGAAGAAGAAGCUGCAAUCGAGGCUGCAUCAAGUGGCAAGACUCCUGCAAAGAAGUUAACUCAAGCAGAACUAUCUUUGAGAAAGGCUGAACAAGAGCGUGAAAAUGAGGAAGCUCAGCAAGAAAAGGAGGAUCCCAUACCAGAGAAUUUAAAUCACGUAAUGACGGAUGUUGAAGUAGCCCAGAGCGUGGAGCAAGCUAUUGAGGCUCUAGACAUUGCGGAUGGUGUUGAUAUGCAUCCAGAGAAACGAGUGAAAGCAGCGUGGAACGCGUUUGAGCAAGGUCGAAUUUCUCAACUGCGAGCGGAAAAUCCUUCCCUGAGGCUGUCACAAGUCAGACAAAUGUUGAGGAAAGAAUGGCAGAAGUCUCCCUUGAAUCCUAUGAACCAGUGACGAUUCUUGUGUUAAUUUGUGAUCUUUAAAAAAAAGUGCCUUGCAAAAUAUUUUUAUUUUGGGAUUUGGUUUUCAGUAGUGUUGAUCUUGUAAUCGUGAUAGAUGAGAGUUAAUAAAUAAGUGGAAAUUAUUUAAAUCUCCUGAUAUGUUUUAAAUAUCUACAUAUUUUAUUCAUUUAGUUAUUCUGAUAUCGUCAACUCCAGGAAAUA